AUGACGUGCUGCUUCGAGGGAUGCUUCAGCUGGUUCGCCUCCGAAAGUGCGCCGGAGAAGAAGCAGCCUCCGAGCAAAGAUUCGACGCGCCGUCACCAUCACCACAAGGCGACGCCACCAGCAUCACCAAAGAUGGAGGUCACCUACUCCGUCACGGGCAUGCCUCUGGUGGUGGAGCCUGAGGGCAACCAGGUGCACUACUCCCUGACGGGCAUGCCCAUGUACCCAGAAGGUCGCGAGCAGCUCGAGCCGAUGGUCAAGGCUAAGGCCGGGAGCCUCAAGCGCGGGGCCACCAACGAGAGCUCCAUCAGCAACUUCACCGCUGCGGGCUCCUUCAACAACAGCAACAAGCACUUCUCGAUCACUGGGAUGGAGGUGAAGCAACUCCUGUCUUGA